AUGCGCGCCCUGAUCGUGCUUGCCAUGCUGGUGGCAGUGGCCAUCGCCAAUCCGAUAGUUAACAUUCGCGUCAACGUCGACAGCCCGAACGGUGAGGUCCCACCGGGCCAACCGGGACCGGGACCGGGACCCAACCCCGACCCGAAUCCGCCACCGAACCCGGAACCGGAGCCAGAGCAGCCACCACCGCAGCCCUACACCAAGCAGGACCUGAAACGUGCCGUUCCGCUGGACGAUGGCGAUGUCGAGGUCGUGUAUCCGGGAGCGCCGGCCCCGGAAACGCUGGUCAAUAUCGAAGUUUUCGUCAACAACCGGCGUCAGGGCGACUUCCCGAUCAAUCCCGACGUUCCCAACAUUCCUGACGUUCCCCCACCGGUUCCGUACUAA